UGCUCUUAUUUUUCUUCUAGGUAUGUUACUACUUCUGGUUGUUAUGGUGAUUCACUUAAUAACAUCAUGCCCCUCUUCAUGCAUGAUAUGCUCGGAAGAUGUUACUCUUUGUCAAGGAUUAACACACGUGCUAGCUGUUCCCAUAACCACAAAAGCUUUGAUUGUCACUGAUGGUAAAAUCACUUCAAUAGAAAGCUUCAACUUGUCUGUCCUGUUCAACCUAACCCUACUAAGACUAAGUAGCAACAAAAUUACAGACAUUAAAGAAGAUGCUUUUAAUGGGCUUAAAGAUCUGAGGACUUUACUGCUAGAUCAGAACCAACUAUCAAGCUCUUCUAUCACUGAUAACACCUUCAGUGAACUUCAAAAGCUGCAAGUGCUGGUGCUAAGCAACAAUGCUUUAAGCACCAUUUAUGGGACCUGGUUCAAAAAUAUGACAGGUCUUAUCAGACUGCAGCUGAAUGGGAAUCAAAUCACUAAUCUUACAGAGGAGAGCUUUGGAAAUAACCAUCUCAACAACCUCAGGAGUCUGGAUUUAUCUAAUAAUUUCAUAAGUAACAUACAGAAAAAUGCUUUCCAAGGUUUACCUCAGCUGCAAGAACUGGAUCUUUCCCGAAACAGGAUGGCACUUAUUCCGGACACCUUUUCUCCACUCACUCAGCUAAUUCUUCUGAACUUAGAUGAGAAUCAGUGGACCUGCACAUGCCAACUCUGUGACUUGGCUGCCUUCUUAAGGAGCUACAGGAAUUCUUCAACCAGGCUGCUUGAAAAUGCCAACAACCUGCACUGCAGGACUCCCAGAAACCCAGCAGUUCACAAUGUGCUUGACUUAACUGAGGCCAACUGUGAACCUGAAGCUGAAAAUAUUGCUGCUAUUCUAAAAAACAAGACCAUGAACUUCUACGAGCGGGAUACUGCUCUGGUAGCUGUAUUUUGCUUUAUAGGAGCCGUUGGUUUCACAUGCCUAAUUUUAGCCCUCUUUAAAUGGAAACUUCAACAAGGCAAAGCAAAUGAACACGUAUCAGAAAACUGCUGUUGCAGAACUCUAGAUGAAUCCCAGUGUGGUCAUGAGCCAAGAAAUUACCUCACUAUGGGAUACUGUAACUGCCACUUAACUCAGGAAAAUGAAAUAAAGGUCAUGUCCAUUGUGGGAUCUAGCAGGGAAAUGCCACUUUUACAGGAAAACAGGCAUCAUGAAACAGAAAACUCGAUGUCCAUAGGCCUAGACACAUCACUUCAGAGCAUUCAAAGAGAGAAUGAGCAUCAGAAGAGUGGCUCAACUGUGUGCUUUAAGUGCAGACUGAUGGAGUCAUGUCCUCAAGAGUUUUAUGGGAAUAUGCCUAUGAAUAAUGAAGCAGUUACCCUGACAAAAGAUUUCUACAGAAGAGAUUGUAAACCAAGCAGUUUUGAGCAGUGGGAAGAUCUACACACUACAGUAUUGCAUGACCUUUCAAAAAUCAAUCAUGCUGCUUGUACUAAAUUCCAACAUUUGUUUUUAGCAGACACCAGAAAUGACACAUUUAACAGAAGACGCGCAAUUCCUGCAUCCUUGGCCGCAGAGAAACUUGAACAGCAUUUAACAAAUGAAUCGUGGCAAUCUCCAUCAAAACUAGCAGACAGCUUCAAACUUCUCAGUCUAAAACAUUUUAUUACAAGCGCAUCAUCAGUACCCAACAUGCCAGUCAACUCAAAAGAGUGUUGCAUUCAAAAGACAUUACAAAGUCAUAGAUCACAACACAGUGAUCAAUGUGAAUUGCUAGAAAGAAGCACAAAUAGUUCUCUGCAGCCAGGCAACCCCCUUAUCUGUAAAUAUGUGGACUGUGAUGAAUUGCAGAGUUAUAUGAAAGAAAAGAAAGAAAGUCAUAGGGAAAAAUUAAAGUUGGAGAAAGAGCAAAUCAAAAGUAGUAGCAGAAUAGUAGAAAGUGGCCUUAUGAGUGAUGAAGAGAUACCAUUAUCACCAGGCGUCAAGAAAAGAUAUAUACCAAAGAACGUUAGCUUUUAUGUACCUGACCUGACAAUAGCAAACAGGUUGGAUGCGAUGACAAUGGACUCAAAUGAGGCAGAAUUCCAAAAGAAACAACUGCAAAAGAGUAUUCAAAGAAACCAAACUAUUAUUUUGAAAAAUAGAAGUCACGAUACUUCAGAAGCAAGAAGUACAGACAGCUUAUUGUCUUCUCAUCCAAGGAUUUUUGGAAAUGAAGGCUGGUUGAGGGAAAAUGAAAUCUCUCAGAAAUGCAAAAUGAGGCACAAAGGACAAGACUGUUUGACUGUAAAAUUGAAUUUACUUCCCUUUAGAAAGGUGAGAAUCCACCCAGAUAAAUCACCUUUUAGUGAAAAAUCACAGCAAAAAUCCAGUCAUCAUCCCAAACAACUGCCAAAUGAAACUGAGAAGAAAACGUCACCAAAUUCAAAAGAAUUGAAAAGGACAGAAGGAAAACCAAACUGCACAUCCUCUUCUAUCACAAAAGUACAGCCAGGUACCAGGGAGAAGAGGGUCAUGGCUGCUCUGCAGUUCCCUGAGAAGCAGCUGUCAGCUGGAAGGAAAAAUGCGGAAAGUGCCGCUAUUAUAAUAAAUAAUGAUGCAGCAGAGUUUCCUGAGGAAAGCUGCAGCUAUCCAGUAGUGAAUGUUUCUCAACCUUUCAGGGAUAUUACUUAUGCAGGAAAUACUAAAGGUGUCCCAUCAUACUGCUCUACAGAAGCUAUAAUAUAUAACAGCAAUUCACCUCCACCCUCACCGCAUGAGUUGACAAGAAUUGUUACUCCUGUAUUUCUGGAACCACAGAAUUCACAAAAUCGGCCGAGUGGUAUUUCCAAAUCCCUGUAUUCUAUGGAGGAAAGUGGUGAAGAUAUGACAGAAUUUCCUGUUUCACAUAUGCACCAAAAUUCAAAGAUGACUGCAGCUCUAGCUCUCACUAUUCAAAGGGGAGUUGCAAAUAACACAGAGGAAAAAAAUCCCGACAAUGCAUCUGAUACAGAAUUAGAUUCACACAUGGACGAUCCAGUUCAAAACACUAGCCAAAGCCGAAUGGGAAGUCAAGAAUUACAAAGCCAAGAUGAAAACUUAGUGAAAGAAAGAUUGGAGAGUCCUGAAAGGACUGAAGAAUGUGACUUGCUGGGAGAAAGUCUCCGUGCUGAAGGGUCUCAGAAUGUGCCUGUUCUAUCCCGGAUUCCACCUGAUUACCAUAUAGUUUCAACAGAACCAUAUCUUGUUCCCAGCCAAAGUGGCGCAACGCCUCUAAAUGGCACAAAUAGUUUGCAUCCAUUUUCUCAAGCCAAUGGGCAUUUAACUAGUAGAAGUAAAGAAGGGACUGGCAAUAGAAAUGACCUGCACAAAACUGAUAACAUGGAAGACAAUGGGAUGAAAACAGAACAGAGAGAAAAUAAAAAGCCACCCAAUGACAAUGAAUCACUCUUUACAACAUUAAUCCCAGAGACCCAAGUGAAUUCUGCUGGCCCAACAGAAUAUAUCCUGCAAGUUUUGGAUGAUGUAAAUGGUGAAAAAGGCAAAACAUACCAUAAAAACACUAUCAUGUCUAACACAUCUAGUAUUACCACCUCCCCUGAAACUGAAAAUAUUUUACCAGGUAAUAACACUAAUCUUCAAAUGAACAAUAACAGCCACAUGGAGAAUGUGCACAAUACAAAAGAUUUACAAAACAAUCAACCUAAUGAAGGAAACAAUUUAAAAGAUACUAGGUUCGAGACAGAAAAUUAGGUACGUUUAAUUCGUAGCAGAACAAAUGCAGCUGAAAACUCUGCUCCAAAAGCUAUACCAUACGCACCAUCUGCUGAAUAUGCUAAUAUGUCACCUUUAGAGCCAGAACAAAAACUACAAACAGUCCUAGCCUUUCUGAAAAUCAUCAUCAUUAUUGUGGUAGAAAAUUCCAACAAGUCAAUGAACAUAAAACCGUAUUUGAUUGAAUCCAUGCAAAACACUGGAAGACAAGUCAACUAG